AAGGGCAAGGCUCGGGCGAAUUUUGUGUUGGUCUCAGGGCACGCGGACAUCCGGAGCGCGGCGGCGGGGAGGGUUGGCGGCAGACGGCGAUGGAGUUCUGCCCGGCGUGCGGGAUGCUGCUGCAGAUCGACCCGGCCAGCGGCAGACACCGCCUGCGCCUCUUCUGCCCCACCUGCCCCUACGUCUGCCCCAUCCAGAACAAGAUCGUGAAGAGGGCGAGGCUGGUGAAGAAGGAGGUGGAGCCCAUCUUCAGCGGCGCCGACGCCAUGAAAUUCGCCCCCAAGACCGCCACUUCAUGCCCAAGAUGCCACCAUGGAGAAGCAUACUUCAAGCAGAUGCAGAUUCGAUCAGCUGAUGAGCCAAUGACAACAUUCUACAAGUGUUGCAAAGAAGAGUGCCAGCUUGAAUGGAGGGAUGACUGAUCUUACACAGUUACACUUCUGCUUGCAUUUUUCCCCCAUGCUUCUUCAGUUUUGAGUGUUGAUAUGCCCUGAUAGACAUGUAAUUCUUCUUGUAAUCACCAUUUAAUGUGGUACAAACUUCUGGAAGCGACUGUAUUAUGGUAUAGCCUUUUGGCUGCUAGAGGCAUUGCAUGUUCCUCUUAUUA